AUGUUCUCGCUCAUUUACGGCCUGCUCGAGUACCUCCUGCGGAAGACGGAGAUUCAUCUACUUAUCUUGGGAAUAGACAACGCCGGGAAGACCACGCUGCUCGAGCGCAUCAAGCAUGAGUACCUGGGCUCGACGCCCGCCGCACAGACCGUCCCGACGGUUGGGCUGAACAUCGGAAGGAUUGAGCUGGGGCGCAAACACAUGCUGUUUUGGGACCUCGGCGGCGCUGCAUCCCUGCGCGGAAUCUGGCGCAAGUACCUCCAGGAGGCGCAUGCCGUCCUAUUCGUAGUAGAUAGCGCGGAUCCAUCGCGGUUCCCCGAAGCGAGACAGGCGCUGAGCAGCGCCAUGGCUUCCCCACACCUACUCGGCAAGCCCGUGAUGGUUUUAGCGAACAAGGGCGACCUCCCGCACGCGGCCGCGCCGCUGGAGGUACUGUCGGCGCUGGGGCUGUCUGGGGAGAGGGGCGGGCUCGUCGAAUGCACCUCGGGCCACACGGGCAUGAACGUGAAGAGGUCCGUGGAUAGGCUGGUGGCAGUCGUCGGAGGCUUGAGGUCUGCUGGAGCUGCCUUGUAG